CCUUGUAGGCGGGUCGUAAACCGUGGGUCAAAACGUGCUCACGAAGUGACUGGUAAAUAAAACCCUUCAAGAAAUUUGGGGAAUCAAACAGGAUACACUUGUCGCUUUAUUUUAUAGAAAUGGAUGAAUCGGUUUUUCGAGCUUGGAGGCAGGUGCAGUAAAAUAUUAGAAUACAUGCAGAAUUUGGACUGCACGGGCUGCAGGACCUCCGAGCAGGAUCUGGAGGGAAGCGAAAACAGAUAUUGCUCUUUUGUACAUGUCCUAUUUCUUUUUCUUGGGGAAUUGUUUCUCAUAAAAUCUGGUUUGCUCAUCGACGUGACGUGUUGCGACCUGAUGUGAAUUAUGAUCACAAAGUAUUAUGAUGGUUGCACUUCAGUAUUUGACAGGAAAACUUGCCCUUGAGUUUAAACCUAGUCAAACCUAAUUAAGCAUAAUUAAGUAUUUUAAUCUGACACUGGGUGAGUGCAACCUCUAUUGUAGGGAAUUUGUGCAUUUCGUUUAUAUAAACAUACGGGGCAUAGUGCAUUGUCUGCUUCGUGAAAUGCGCUCACUUCAGCACUUGCAUCGUGCAGCUCACGGAAAAGAAACAGUACACUAUUUGUAGCUGGUUUGAUAAGAAAUGGACAAUAUGGUAAACACUAUGCAGAAAAAGACUGCGGAGCUGGAACGCAUGGCCGAGGUCCUUGUCAUCGGAGAGCAAUUGAGACUCCGUCUCCAUGAGGGGAAGGUCAUCAAGGACCGCCGACAUCACCUCCGUACUUAUCCCAACUGCUUCGUGGCCAAGGAACUGAUCGAUUGGCUUAUGGAGCACAGGGAGGCCUCAGACAGGGAAACAGCCAUCCGAAUCAUGCAGAAACUUCUGGAUCACAGCAUCAUCCAUCACGUGUGUGAUGAACACAAGGACUUCAAGGACAUGAAGCUCUUCUAUCGUUUCCGGAAAGACGACGGAACCUUCCCUCUGGACAAUGAAGCCAAGGUUUUUAUGAGAGGGCAAAGAAUUUUUGAAAAGCUGAUGAACACGGAGAACACGCUGCUGCAGACGCGGGAGGAGGAGGGCGAGGCUUUCGAGCGAGCUCUGGUGGCCUCCGAGUUCGUGGAUUGGCUCCUGCAGGAGGGAGAGGUGGCCUCCAGGGAGGAGGCGGAAGUUUUGGGGCGGAGACUGCUGGAACAUGGCAUCAUUCAGCACGUGACCAAUAAGAACCACUUUUCGGAUGGGGACCUGCUGUACCAGUUCAGGAUGAACUUCCGCCGGCGGCGGCGGCUGAUGGAGCUGCUGACGGACCACUGCCGGAGCAUUCCGGAGAACCAGGAGAGCCCCUUCUGUCUGCGCAAGCAGAACGCCGACCGGCGCAACGCCAGCUUCCUCUCAGUGAGCCCCAGUAAGGAGAUUAAGGUCGUGUCGGCAGUGCGGCGCAGCAGUAUGAGUGCUAUCUGUAGCAGCAGCGGGUAUUUCAGCAGCAGCCCUAUCCUCAGCAGUAGCCCCCCUGUCCUCUGCAACCCCAAAUCAGUGCUGAAGAGACAGGUGAGCCCGGAGGAGCUGCAGACUCCAGGUGGCCCGUACAUAAAGAGGACAUUCACGAUUGUGGGCGAUGCGGUGGGCUGGGGUUUCGUUGUGAGGGGGAGCAAGCCCUGUCACGUCCAGGCCGUGGAUCCCAGUGGCCCUGCGGCUGCAGCUGGAAUGAAGGUUUGCCAGUUUGUGGUCUCCGUCAAUGGGUUGAACGUUCUGUCGCUGGACUAUCGGACGGUCAGCAACCUCAUCCUGACUGGCCCGCGCACAGUUGUCAUGGAAGUCAUGGAGGAGGCGGUUCAGUGAGGAAGGCAGGCAAGCUCCGCCCCCUCAAUGAUUUCCCCUGUGCAAUUUUGUACUACGGGUGCAGGCGAAAAAAGAUGGUGGCCCCUCCUUCAGUUAGAUCUGGUCUUACGUGCAUGACUGGACCCAACUGCUACCUAUCUGGAGUCUAACCUUUCUGCACUAUUCACAGAGUGCACACCUGUAUGUGAAUAUUUUAUGUUUCUCUGAGGCUGAUUUAGAAAAGAGGCAGAAAUUCCUGGACAAUCAAUUGUAGAGGAGAACCAGUUUCCGAGAACUGCGUGGCAUUGAGUCUUGUACAAGUGUAUAAAUUUAUGGUUACAACACUUGUACAGAGUGAGAAGUGCGAGUGGAGAAUUAUGGGAAGUUAUUACCAUUGUGAUGUCACCUGCCAUACAACAUCGAAGAUGAAAUGUUGUAAAAAAAAAAAAAAAUUUAUAAAAAAAGAGUGGUAACUUGGUCUUGUUUGACAGGCCUUAUAAACAAUGAAACAUAGUUGAAGUGCACAAAAAAUAAGUUCUGGGGCAAUAUUUGGCUAAAUAAGUACAAGUGAUCCAGCACUUUAUUUAAUAAAAUAUUAACCCGAUGGGACAUAGAUUUGGAGGCAAACAGACAGACUGUAAUUCACAGUCAGGAACCAGACAGGAAGUAAUAUGGAGCUCCUACAUGUUACAGGGAACAAUAUCAAUUUCAGGUUGUUUUCACUAUGUUUUGUAGUGAUUGUGUUGGUAAGAAUCUGGUUUUCUGAAAUCCAAACUGUUGAUGAGUAUAUCUGCAUAACUGCACACAUAGGUGUUCAUGAAUAGGUAUGUUUAAAAUACUGCAAGCACUUAAGAUGAAGACAUUUCUUUCGUUGUCUGGUUGAAAACAGGUAACAGAGGGGACUGUACCAUUGUGUCUGUGUUACCACUUGCCAACUAUGUGUCUUUUUGGAGCACAAAGUAUAAUAGUACUGUGCCACAGUUAGCUAUAAAACAAAGCCUGUAUUAUAAUAUAAUAAACAAUUAUAUAUUUCUCAAAAAUAUUAUGUAGCACUUAUCUUUCCAAAACUAAAAUGUUUCAAAUAACAUGCAAUACAUACAGUAUAUAAAACAAAUUCUAUGCGUAUGGAUAGAUGCAUAUACAAAAGAAUUUGGCUUUUAAAAUAAGAUUUUAGUUUCCAAGCUGAAGUUAGGCUUUUUCAAAUUAAUUACAGGCUUGCCAAAUAGUUAUGCUUAAAUUAAAUGUGAUCCAAGCCAUAGAACCACAAUAAACACAAUAGAGCUCUUGAUUAAAAAGGCCCAUUGUAAUAUGCAUAGAUAAUGUCCCAGGUCUGAUAACAGUCAGUAUUUUGCAGUUUUGCCUCCGGUGUUUAAGAUGUACAGAAUGCAUGAUCAGGAAAGUGCACUAACAUGUUUUCUUGUAGGAUAACAAACAUAGUGCUUUUUAUGCUGUCAUUCUGUUUAUUACUGAUUGAGCUAUUUUAAGUGGGGACUUAAGCAUGCCAUGACAUCCCAUUUCCUCUUUAUACUCUAUACGCAUUUGGCCCCCCUGUUUUCUGACAACUGAAAAGAACCUUGGUUUUUUUAUUUUAUUGUACGUGUAUUUUGUCAUUACAGUUUUUAGUUGCUGACUGAGAAUGGAAAUAGGUUUUUUUUUUUUGGUUUUUUUUUCUGGAUCAGAGUUGAGACAUUUAUGCUGUGUUUAUAACAGUGGAUUCAUAUACUGUAGCCAAGUUAACUGGCAAAUGUGUAGGCAAAGAUAUCUAUCGUACAAUUACAAGCUUCACACAUUUGCCUUCGCACUGUCGUAUGGCUAACUUUGCUGUUAAUUACCUCAAAUCAAUAAUACUCUCUAGACCCGAUACUGUUCUUUCCACUAAUAUUAUUUAAUGGCAAGAGAAUAUUAUUUCAUUUCAUGUAAUGUAGCUUGACAAUCUGUGUUUUUUUUUAAACUAAAGACAGGGAUAAACCAGAUGUUUUAUGGUAAGUUCACAGUCAGAUCAGCCUCUUCUGUGUUCUGGUGAAACCAUGCGAAUCAGGAAAGUAAGCUGAAAUGAAGAUCAUUGAAAAGGGACUGUCAUUUUACAGCUCUCUAAUGUAUAUGAAAUAUAUGUUUUCCACUUAAUAUUGUCAAAGCUGUAAUAUAUAAUGAUUGCUAUGCAGAAUACAAGUUGACUGAAAUGUUUUUUCUUUCAUUGUUUCCGUAAUAUUUGGGCAAACUAGUGACUGUAAAGGUACCGAACUUGCAUUUUAUAAUUCAGCCAUUGAGCAAUAAGGUACAGUAACUUUUUUCUUUACUAAAAUUUGCUUGACUGAAUAAUUUGUUUGAUGCUAAUGCUCAAAUGAUGUGUUUAUCAUACAAGGAUUUUAAAGAAUUAUGAUUGUUUGAAACAAUUUUGAUUUGUAUCCAACGAGUUCAAAGUUUUAUUCAUUGUAUUGCAACUCCAGAAUAGUCCCUAUACACAGUUAAAUGUUAAAUCAGUGCAUGCAGAGUCCAUAUGGUCCCUGUUAGACUCAUAUGUACUCUGUUACAGUGGAAUUAGCACUGGAUAAUUUACAGUGUAUCAAUAGAUAACCACAGUGGCAAGGGAAGUUUGAGAGAAGAAAGGUUUACUUUUAUAAUGCUUUGCUUUAGUAAUUGUCUUACUGCCAUAAUGUACUGUACCAGCAAACUACUGAGACAAACACUGCAAAUGACAGAUUUUGACAGCAGGAUCAGUAAACUAUACCUUCAGAAA